AUGGCUCGCCGCCGUAGGGUUGAUUCGAACGAACAGCCGUGUCGAUGUCAAGAGUGUUUGAAGCACAAUCCGGAAGGAUUACUCCUUCCACGGUCUAUCCUGAACACGCAUCGACACCGGGAACGUCUCCGAGCCGCUUUAUCAACCAGCGACGAUCAUUCAGAAGUGAAUCGGACUGACGAUCCAAUUAAUCCGGACAGUAUAGCCAGUGGAAGUUUGCAGCCGGAUCCCCAACCACAUAUCCGUGCUCCUUCUCCUCCUCCUCCUCCUAUAAUGGAAGUGGAGGAUUACGAAGACUGGUUGCGAUCAAUCGUAUCUGAGAUAGGUAUACGUCUCAAAUUUCUAUACGACUCAGAGACCCAUCUGGAAUUCGUCAACCAUCCUUCUCCGAACCUAUCGUUUGUCUCUCCAGAUCCAGAAGCCUUACUACAGGUCAACUCUGGAGAUUUCUGUCUAAAAACAACCAGCAGCUGCAACAUGCGAUUUUUGGAGACCGAGACAAGAUUCUGUGGGCUACUACACCAAAUUCAAGCCCUUCCACUGGGAGCACGUUUAAGAGGAGAUUUGGAUGUGGAGAAUGAACUAUACACGGCAUUAGACAGGGUUCAUCCCUUCAAAGGUAGACAGUGGAAUUUGCAAGCAUAUCCCAAUGGACUUGGGGGAGUCACCGUUAACAAUACUACAAGGUGUCUAAGUGCAGAAGACGAAUGGGACAGUAGUGAAGUUAUUAACAACACCGCCGUUACGCCGUUAGUCCCCGGAGAGCGAUAG